AACUGGGGUCUCUCAGGAGUUCGGGGAGUGUGUUACAGCUGGCGACCUCUCUGGCCAGAGAGUCCCUCGCGUUUCUCAGCGUACUGUGGCGGGCUCGUGCUACCGCUGAGCUCUGACCGUUUUCUGUGAUUACGGAAUCAUAGAGGUCUGCUUCCCAUUGGGAGCACAGAUCAGUGAUGGCUGGGUUGAUCGGCGUGUAAAUGGUUGGUGCACAGCGGCCGUGGGGUCUGUAAUGUCACCUGUCCUCUCUGUACCUUCCAGGUGUCCAUUAAGGGGAACACCCGCAUCCCUACACAGGUAUUUUAGGCUGACAUCAGGGUUUGGCUGGCUUUCCAGCAUAAUGGGAGAGAGACAUGAACUGCUGUUUGACAGCCGGCGUGACUGCGAUAUAUCGGGUUUCCGCUGUUUCCAAAUGCAGUCCUCCAGAAGAAGGACACUUUGCAGGAGCUCGGCCUCUACUCAGCAGGGCGCGUGUCUGUCUGCUGUUUACCGAUUGGGGGCAUUGAUCUACAGUCAUGCAGCAGAGAGAUGGCUCCAGUCCGAUUCGCUGGAACUGGCCCAGCGGUACAUUUCGGUCUGAAGGGCAGCAGCGUGCAUCGAUAGUCGCGCAGCACGGACACACAGGCGUCCAGCGGCUUAUGAAAGGCAUCAGGCUCUGAUGUCAUGGUGAAUGGGGUCUCUGCACCCUGAGGUCACUCCCUACAAAACUCGUAGCUGAACAGGUUCUUCGUUUUAACUGGGCAUGUGCAGUGUGAUAAAAGUCCCCAGUCUGUCUUUUUAGGUGUUAUGUUAUUUAUAGGUUAUGUUUUUUCAGAAUGACAGCAUAUAUCUGGGGACUGUUUGUCAAUUUAAUGUGGCCAAAAGCGAAAAAUAAAUAAAAAAGUCAGCAGGGAGAGGGGACGGGGUGACGGCCCCCGGGGAGCAGCUCACUGGGUAAUAUCUCAUUUCGGACCAGCCGCACGCAUUCAGGCUGACACUUGGACCCCCUGGGCGAUGUUUACCAGAUCAUCAAAAUGCUGCCUGAGGCUCUCAGCAGAUCAGAACGCGGUUUCGGUGGUCCGUUUAGCUAGCAAAGAUGGAAGGUCCACAUGUAGAGUGGAAAUGGAUGGGAGAGGAGCCUUCGUUCGGCCCCUGUGCUGAUUCGCAGCAGAGGGGCUGUCCACCGAUGUGGUGCCGCACAGCUCGUCAAAUGGGUGCCAGAACCGCACUGAGGUCCACCUGAGGAGUCCAGACCCGCGUGAAGGUUCAGAAAGGGUCUGAACCCAGCAGCCCAGUGUCACCAGCGAGAGGUCCGACUUCCCUGCAAAGCAGAAAGCAGGUUCACAAUGUGAGGAAGAGCAAGCGUGCGAGCAGAGAGCGAGGAACACAAAGGAGCUACCGAGGGAGAACAGGGCCGUGCUACUGCUGCUCCGGAAGCUUCUGAAGGAGCCGUGCGGUCAGCCGGAAUGGGGAGUCUGUACAUGCUGCUGGGCGUCACGCUCUUGGUGACGGACGUCUAUCAGGUGACCGCAGCGGACAGUGAUGUCACUCCACGCUUAAGCUUCCCAUACAACUCGGAGGAGAGGGCCGCCAGGCGCUUCUCCGCCCCCGGGGUCUUCAAUUACACGUCGGUUCUUCUGAGCCAGGAGGACGGCAUGCUGUAUGUGGGAGCGAGGGAGCUUCUGUUUUCCCUCAACCUCUCCAACAUCAGCCGGCCAGAGCUGCACAGGAACCUGACAUGGAGGACUCCACAGAACAGAAGAGAGGAAUGCAGCUUCAAAGGCAAAGAUCUGCAGACCGACUGCUUCAAUUACAUAAAAAUCUUACUGAGGUUCAACAGCACCCAUCUGUACAUGUGUGGGACGUACGCCUUCAGCCCGCUCUGUGUGUAUAUCAACACCUCCGACUUCUCUCUGGUCAUGACCAAGACAGGGGAGAUCGUGACAGAGGAUGGAAAGAGCCGCUGCCCCUUUAACCCCGAGUACAAAUCCACGGCCAUCAUGGUCGAUGAGGAGCUGUAUGCUGGCACGGUCAGCAACUUCCAGGGAAAUGAACCUGUGAUCUACAAGAGCCUUGGCCAGGGGACGGCCUUGAAGACCGAGAACUCCCUGAAAUGGCUUCAAGACCCGGCCUUUGUGGGAUCGGCUUACAUCCACGAGAGCCUCCCCAGUGACAACCCCCUCGGCGAUGACGAUAAGAUUUACUUCUUCUUUAGCGAAGCGGGGCGGGAGUUCGAUUUCUUCGACAACACCGUCGUGUCACGCAUCGCACGCGUGUGUAAGGGGGACAUCGGUGGUGAGAGGGUGCUGCAGAAGCGGUGGACGACUUUCCUGAAGGCCCAGCUGCUCUGCGCUCUGAACGACGAUGGCUUCCCCUUUAACAUCAUCCGGGACGUGUUUGUAUUGAAGCCUAACAGGAAGGAGGACUGGAAAGAGACCCAGUUCUACGGCGUGUUCACAUCGCAGUGGUACAGGGGAGCUUCCGGAAGCUCAGCUGUGUGCUCCUUCACCAUGGACCAGGUGCAGGCCGCCUUCAGGGGUCGAUACCGUGAGGUCAGCCGCGAGACACAGCAGUGGUACACCUACAACCAUGCUGUGCCUGAGCCGCGGCCUGGAGCGUGCAUCACCAAUGCAGUGCGAGCCCUGAACAUCUCCUCCUCGCUGCAAAUGCCAGACAAGGUGCUGAACUUCGUGAAGGACCACUUCCUGAUGGACAGUGCGGUACGCAGUGCCCCCCUGCUGCUGAAACGCAGCGUGACGUACACGCAGAUCGCCGUGCAUCGUGUGCGCGCCCUCAGAGGGACCUACGACGUCCUCUUCGUCGGCACAGAUGAUGGAAAGCUGCACAAAGCUAUCAGCACGAAGGGCAAGAUGCACGUCAUCGAGGAGCUGGUGCUCUUCUCUGAACCUCAGCCGGUCACGCACAUAGAACUGGACUCUGUCAAGGGCUUGCUCUAUGUGUCCUCCUACUCGGGCAUUCUGGAGCUCCCCGUGGCCAAUUGCAGUAACUACCAGAGCUGUGGCGACUGUGUUCUUUCACGGGACCCUUACUGCGCCUGGACGGGGAGGGAGUGUGCAGACGUCAGGGGGGCCCCUCCUGACAGCCAUUGGCAGCAGGACGUGGAGGCUGCGGACAUGACCGCCACCUGCAAGAGGUUCCCACUCAGCCACCCCCCUGGCAGAAAGACCGCCGUGCACGUGUCUGUGUGCCAGGAGGUCGUCAUUCCGGCCAACAGCUUCCGGGUGCUGCCGUGCGACGUGCGCUCCAACCUGGCAGAAAGGCGGUGGGAAUAUAGCGAGGGCGCGCGGCACUCCGUGUACGCCAGCCCCGAUGGGGGUCUGCUGGUGGUGGCUCAGGCUGACACCGAGGAGAACUACGCCUGCUGGUCUGUGGAGGAGGGUUUCCAGCAGCUGCUGGCCAACUACUGCGUGAGGGCUGAGGUCUGGCAGGAAACCACUACCCUGAUAGGUCGCACCCGGACCACCCAGGUCCACAGGGACACUAUCGUCCUUCCCGGAGAGGCGCGGCUCCCAUCCGUCAGCACCAAGACCUACUGGAAUGAGCUGAUCAUUGUCUGCACUCUGCUGGCUUUCUCCUUGUUGGUCUUCUCCUUGUUGGUGGUCUACAGAAAUCGUGGCCACAUGAAGUCCAUGCUGAAGGAGAGCGAGUGCCCCAACAUACAGCAGAUGAAGCCCAGGAUGGUGAGCAAGCCUGUGGAGAGUUUGCCCCUCAAUGGCAACCCCCUACCUGCCUCCUCCUCCGAUCACAAAGGCUACCAGACCCUCAACGACAACUACUUCUGCAGCACUCCAACGCUGGACUCCUCCCCUGAUAACAGCAAGAGCUUCUCCGAGUCGGAGAGGCGGCCGCUGAACUUCAAGGAGAGUCAUGUGGAGAUUUCGCCCACCUGCCCACGUCCGCGCAUACGACUCGGCUCGGAGAUCAAGGAUUCGAUUGUGUGAGGACCCAGUUAGGGUGCUGCCCGUAUGAGACGUCCAACUCAAGUGAAGCGAUCAACGGAACAUGUGCUCUCCAAACGGAAAUGUCGAGUCAAGAAUGGAAAAUGACACGAUCUUCAGCAGCAUCACCUGGGACGUUUCUGCUGUCUGACUUUGUCCCUAUUGAAGUCCCCCCUCGUCCUGUGCUGAGGUACCUUCCUGAUUGCACAGUCACUGCCUUCUUGCCUGCACACCCCAGAGAGCAAUUCACCCGACCGUCACACUUUGCCUUCGGUGUUGCGAUGUCAGACGUGAUGAACAUCUCUCCACUCUGACCCGGAGAUCCGUGAGGCUUUGUUGACACUGUCAGGCAGGUGUCAUAGCCAUACGGUAUCUCCACCCUGCACCUUCUGAACCCUUGGCCAAUACGGUGCAGGAAUCACCAGAGUGGAUGAGACACCACCAGCACUUCUUGGAUAAGGAGAACGGUUCUGUCUGUGCCAAUAAGGCAUCACCUCGCUGCUGUCUGACCAGAGCGGACCGUAAUAUAUCUGGGAUAUCUGGCAUGCUUUUCAUUGUUUUUCUUACUGGAGCAUUCAUAGAGCGAGUGAAUCAGCGGCUGCGGAUUUCUCUUCUUUUCCGUGAUUUACUCUCCCUUCCCGUGGCGAGCGUCACAGCGUCUUUGGCUGCCAGCUCGCUCGCUUUUCGUAGUCCUCAUCAAAACAACAUCUUUUGGUUUUUCUUUCAGUGGUGUUUGCCAGUUUCUGUUUCUUAGUUUAAAUCCCCCUAACCUCCUCUCCACAAAAAGGGCAAACUCCAGGUCCCCGUGACACAUGGACGUCCAGCCAACUCUCCCACAGUAACAUUUCACUUCAUAGCUUUUGAAGAGGAGGUGGAGAUACAGGGCAUGGAUUUGGGAAUGUGGAUCUGUGGAAUCUACGGAAUGUAGAGGAGAACUGGGCCAGUUAAUCCUUAAAGCACAAAUUCACUAUGCAAGCUGACGGAGGAGGGGAAGGAGGCCCAUGUUUCCUCGUGAACUGAAGGUCCGCAGUGGGUUCCGUCACACGUUGAGGCACAGCAAACACAAUUUAGCGUGCAAGUCUGAGCUGUUCCACGGAGAGAGAGGGCUGGGCCUGGGCUUACGGAGACCACAGUGGAUCAUCACUCCGGGGACUAGGCAGCCCCAUGCAGCAUGCAGAAGCUGACAGCGAGACCCCACGGCUUUCGUUUUUGUGCGCUGCUGUUGACCAAAAGCAUCAGACCUCGUGCCAGCAGCCCCUCCCUCCUCUGCUGCUUUCCUCACUGCUCACCCCAUCCUGCGUCACGAAACCCGUGUCACUUCUUCUCUGUCCUCGGACCCGGCGCCGGUACCGUGCCGACCCAGUGGCCCAUCUUUGUGGAGCAGUUAAGGGUCCGCAUUCACCGACGGGAGCCCGGCUCUCCCACUGCUCCACUUUCCUUCCCUUGGAGCGGCUUGACACAGACAAGUCGUCCACAAUUAGAAGCCGCUUCCUGCACCUUCCUGAAGAUGAAAUGCAUCAAACGGCACCAAUGCGACGCGCAUUUCCCGAAGGAACAGCAAGGAAAUGACCAGACUUUUACAGAGUGGUUUAAAAGCGGAAUGAGUCUGGGGUACUGAUAGAUAUUCCAAAGCCAACCUUCAAAUAAAAUGAUAUUCUGUCUUAUUUAAUUCUGUUCUGUGGUUAGAUAUUUGUACAAGGGAGCUGAUUUGACAAGGUGGCAGACAGACUGCUUCUGAUUGGUCUAUGUAAAUGUAUGUUUGUGUAUGUAUUUGAGGGACUUUGUGCAAGAUGUAUUGUCGUAGAGAAAUUAGACACUGAUCAUUGUGGUGUUGCCUCCAGGGGGCAAAGAGCCGUACGUUUUCAUGCGCUGUACUGCAUUGCAUUUCCUGCGACAGAAACGAUAUCCUUCACGAUACAGAGGAAUCCCAUGUCCCUCGGAGAGUGACACUGGUAUGCGUGAAUAUGGAGGCCAGAUAAAACAGCAGCGUUGUUAACAUAAAGCACAGUUAUUCAGACUGUUACUUGUGCACCAACCAUUCCACUAGGUAGAAAACCACUGCCUCUGAUCUUCUGCCAUCCUGAAAUUCACGAAGGCAGAGCAGGUCUGGCUAACAUGAGCCGUUACUGUUGAAAUUUGGAACGCCAGUUUUCUUAUUAUCCCCCGGUAAAAGCCUAUGAUCUGAUGAUUAUAAAAGGCCACACGCUGAUUGGUCGGCAAUAAGACUUCGGCACUUUGGUGACCUGCCAUUGAUCUUAUGAACUUUACUCCUAGGGAACGAAGAUACUGCGUUUGAUUGGGUGUAGGAACCAUUUGUAAACUAAAAACCAUCUAGUAAAUUUUGUGAUGUUCCGAUAUGUGGAGAAUUUUUGCAUGAUAUUUGGUUUCGGGACACACUUGUACGCAAUGAUUGUCUCUUAAAAGGAUUUCCUCACUGGGGAUAUCCUGGGUGACGUGUGGGGGUUUGCUUCAGUAACCGUUAUAUGCAGCUGUGUUUAAUUUUUAUUGAAAUUGCCUUUUUUUAUUUGAAUCUUUGUUAUAUUUCGAUGGCCUUGUUUUUGCACAGUACUGUAUAAGCCUUAGCAGUGAUUUCCCUCCACCAGUGUUCCCUACUGCCUUUGUCACACAUCUUUGCUGUAUUUCCGUCAUCGUUACCCCGCCGAUACAGAAACCUCACCCACACCUAUUACUGGGCAUGCUCACAGACCGACAAACCAUAACAGACGCGGAUCAUCAACUUCAUGUGAGUUUAGCCAGUAGCCUCGAACUAUUAGUAACAUCUCAGUUGUGUUUCCACUUAAUCGUUGACCUUUCGCCCUGUUAUUUUCACGCCGUUUCACUCCCGCCUGAUUGUUUCACUGUCUCUGUCCAGCCGUACUGCGCAUAAACAAGUUCGAGUUUAUCGGUUAACCCGCUCCACUGCUACACUGCCAGAUAUCAACCAGGAAAAGAAAACUCAGUUUUUGUGGUGCAUUAGAUACAGAUUUAGAUGUUUUGCCUGACAGUUAGUGUAUUGCUCUGUUUGGAAUUUUUUAAUGUAGGUGAGUUCUAAAUAAGCACAGAGCAAACAAGACAACAAAAGUGUAGAGAAUUGUUCAAAAGGUGACAAUAUUUAUUACCUUCACAAGGAAAAGGACAACGUCUCACUGCUUUAUGACCUCGCAGUGUAGUGAAUCGUAUUUGCAGUAGUUCUGCUUUUACAGGGUUGGCGGUCUGUUAUGACAUCACACUGCAGACAGUAAGCACAGCUACGGGAUCUCAGGUGCAGGGAGUCUGGUCCUGAAGAGCCUCCAACUGGCUGUGACUCCAGCACACGAGAGUCACUGUCCUGUUUCUGCUCUCAUUUGCAUGUAAAGGAGUUCUGUUAGGGAACCCGCUGUAGUACAAAACUGUGGUGAAUCGUUAUCCGUUGUAAGGCACCCCUGUCCUCGGUGUUGUUUGUAUCAUUCUGUAUAUAAAAAGCACUUUAUUUUGAUUUUUAAGUGAAAGAAAUAAAUGCAUCCAUGUUUUGAA